UUCAUCUGAAAGUAUAAGUACUGAAAGAGACUUCAUUUUACGGCAGUUGAUUUCAGGGACAGACUUGUCUCUUCUUGGGCCUUAUAAAGCUCUCGAUUUCGUUGAUUGAAGCCCAACUAAUCAUGAAGUUCCUCUCAGUACUCGCAUCUCUACCAGCUGCAGCACUCGCGCUGACGGUUCAGGUACCUACCAACCCGGUCUCUGGGCAGGUUACCGACAUCUACUGGACAAACGGUCCCUCUGACCCAGAGUGGACUUUGUUCCUGAUGAACGCGUCUGAGACCGCCUUCGGACUCAAAGGCAUCCUGGGAGAAAACGUCGACCCGACUCCCGAGAAGCUGACGGUGACCCUUCCCGUGUUGCCCGAAACCGAGUACCGGUACGUCUUGAAGGCCGUCCGUGCGGAUAACCUUGACUGGCCGGUUGCUUGGAGUGACGUCUUCGAUAUCACUCAGCCCGAAUAAAGAAUUGUCCUAUAUGCUGACUGGUAAGGAAUAUAGGGUGCAAUGACAUGUCUCAGAACAAGUAAUUAAUACGCCAAAAGAAGGCGUAAUCAUGUUCACGUGCAGACACGCCGUAUAAAGGUUUCAAAAAGACAGCGCGGACAUGUCCAAGUAAGCUUCCCGCUCUAUCAAUACCAAGCAGUCAACUACUUCGCAGAAACUCG